AUGGUACCAAUUAAAGAAAUGACGGAUAUUCUUCGUGUUGUUAAAACAACAUAUGGAAUAAAAAAGGGUUCCUGGAUUCGUAUUAAACAUGGAAGUUAUCGAGAUUAUUUAGCCAAUAUUGAACAUUGUGAUAUGAAAGCAAUCGUAAUUUUUAAUCGAAUUGUUUUAUUUAAAAUAAAUUGUUUUUUUUACAAUUUACUUGCAAUUAAUAAAACAAAAACAUUGAAAAAUGAUGUAUUAUCAUUUGCACCAGGUGAUCAAGUUGAAGUAUGUGAAGAUGAAUUAAUUAAUUUACAAGGUACUAUUUUUGGAAUUGAUGGAGAUUCAAUUCGAAUCUUAGCAAAACAUGAAGCUUCAAAAGAUGAAAUUGCAUUUAAAGAAAAUAUUUUUCUGUUGAUGUCUGUUCGAAUAUCAGAUCUUCAAAUUUAUACAGAAACAGCAACAGGUGUUGAUUCAACUGGACAAUUUCAACUUAAAGAUUUAGUUAAUAUUUCAGCGGAUAAAGUUGGUGUUGUUAUAUGUAUAGAAAAAGAAUGUUUACAUAGAUUAAAUAUGGAUGGAAAAGUUCAAGUUCUAUCAAUUCAAUCAAUAACAAAACGAAAAACAAAUCGAAAUGCAGCAGUACUUGAUUCACAAAAUAAUAAUUUAAAUGUUGGUGAUAUGGUUACUGUUAUUGAUGGACCAUUUGCAAGUCGACAAGGACAAAUAAAACAUCUUUAUCGUCAUUUUGUUUUUAUAUUUUGUCGUACAUUAGCUGAAAAUGGUGAUAUAUUUGUACGUAAAGCAAGAAAUUUAUUAUUAGCUGGUGGGCAAUCAAAAGUUUCAUCAAAUCCAAUAAAUACUGUACCUAUGUCACCACUUCAUAUCACAUCACCAUCACCACAUACAUCAUGA